AUGGUAGGAUAUAAAAGAAAAGAAUUUGAUCACAGUUUAAAACUAACUUAUUUCGAAGGAUUUCGUCAUGAUUAUUUACGUGAACACUAUUUACCUACAUUGAAUCGAUUUCGUAAUGAGGGUGUACGAGCAACACAUGGAAUGCGACCUGUAUUUACUACAUUGACGUAUCCUAAUCAUAUUUCAAUCGCAACAGGAAUGUAUCCAGAAGAACAUGGUAUUGUACAUAAUUCAUUCUACAAUCGAUUAUUAAAAUUAACUAUUGGACUGGAUAAUCGUGAUGAUGGACAAUGGUCUGAUCCAAAAAAAAUAAAAUCUGCAGUUCUUUUCUGGCCAGCAUGUCAUAAUGAGUUUUAUGGCGUGCGUUCACUUAUCUAUAGUUGGUUGUACACUGAUAAUGUAUCAUUUCGUGAAAAAAUUGACAAUGCUAUAGGUCACUUUCGUGAAUUACCAGUUCAAUUCGUUAUUGAACCAGAUAAGCAAGGACAUACAUAUGGUCCAGAUUCGCCAGAAUUAUACAAUACGUUACUUCGUCUUGAUUUUGAUAUAGAAUAUUUAUUGGAUAAAACAAAGAAAGAACUCAACGAUGAUUUAAAUAUUAUUAUACUCUCCGAUCAUGUAUGUAAAAGAUAA